UUAUUUAAUCAGAUGUAUAAAAUCAUCUUAAUGAUACUAAAGCAACAACUUAACACUUGUUGAUUUAUAGAUGCUACUUUUAAGCAUUAUCACAGCAUUAAGUGUUGCUAUGCAGAAUGAUUACAGGGACAUAAGUUUCGUAAUUUUACAGCCUAACACAAGGGAGACAAUCAACUACUUUAAAAGGAAAUUAUUAAUAUAUUAAGUGUCAUUAUAUUUUAAUCAAUUUAUAUGUUUAUAUUUAUAUAGACGUUAUGUAACAAGAUAACAUAUUUAUCUUAGUGAACGUUUAUGUAUACAUUUUCAAAUACAAUUAAAUCCCCGAAACAAAAAGAAAGUCAAAUAAUUGUUACCAUAUGUCAAAGAAACAUGGAGCAAAUUACAGAACCGCGUGUUAAUCUGGAGGGUUUCAGACCGCUCAUCAUUGCAAUGGAAAUCGUUGGAGCAAUACUGAUAAUUCUAGUUGCAGUUUGGUGUGGCAGUUAUAGAGGUGGUUUUGCUUGGAAUUCUAAUCCAACGUUAGAAUUCAAUUGGCAUCCUCUUUUAAUGGUUAUUGGAUUCGUAUUUCUAUAUGCCAAUGGUAUGUUAAUAUAUAGGACACAGAGAAAUACUCGGAAACGAAGAUUGAAGCUAAUUCACGCAGGCAUAAUGAUAUUAAUUGUUGCAUUAGUUGUAAUUUCUCUUGUGGCUGUGUUUGACAGCCACAACUUGCAAUCGAAACCAAUUCCAAACAUGUACAGUCUUCAUAGUUGGAUUGGGCUCACUAGCGUAAUUUUAUUUUGCUGCCAGUGGCUUGCUGGAUUUCUAUCUUUCCUGUAUCCGGGAUUACAACUUCCAUUACGGGCUUCUUACAUGCCAAUUCAUGUAUACUUUGGAAUCGCAGGAUUCGUUGGUGUAAUUGCUUCCUGUCUUUUAGGCCUCAAUGAAAAAGCAUUUUUUGCUCUAGGAAAUAAUUAUCCAAAUCUUGUAGACGAAGCAAUAUUAAUUAAUGUAAUCGGACUUAUGUUAAUCCUUUUUGGUGGAUUAGCGGUUUAUUUGGUAUCACAAGAACGUUACAAACGUUUACCUAGAGCAGAAGACGAAGCACUAGUUGGUGGCAGAGCACAGUGAACGAUUAUGGUAUAUAAAAAAGCUUAUUCUUGGCUUUCCAACAUAUAGACAAAUUCCUAGUUAUACUUUCAUAAUAAUUAUAAUGUCAGUUCUCGAAAUAUUCCGAUUCGUUUGUGUAUCUUGUUUCUAUGAUCGACUUUCAUGAUCUUCGAUUAAAGAUAAAACUGUUAGCUGUCGUUUAUCUCUUUUUUAUCCUCGGUUAGGACUAACUAGUUCAAAAUCAUUUAGUAUCUAUGUUAAAUCAUAUCUAACUAUUUUACUAUUUCAUAUUUUAUACUAUUUUUAAAUCUUUUGUACAGUUUUUAUUGGUUGUUAGUUGAAUUAGAUAAAUAAAACUUUAUAUAUAUUAUGUAAUAAUGGUUUCAGAAAUUUAAGAUUUUUCCAUCUUCGCGCUUUCGUUGAUACAACAGAGCUGUGAUCUUUAAGUUGUAUUUAAAAUAAAAAAUGGUGGAUAUUUCGUUCGUGGAUUAUGAUGGAUUUUUCGUUCAAUAUUGCGUCUCGUAAAAUGUAAUCUCAUCAGUAUGUUCAAUAAUUUUAGAUAAAACAUAUUUUAUCUAACAUAUUUUCUAAUAAUUAAAAUAUACUACCAUAAAUGGUUGUAAUAUAAAGUAUUGUGAAUAUUAUAUUGUUUUAAUAUAUUUAUAUGUAUAUGCGUAUAUAUGUGUGAAUAUUGAACUUGUAUUCGUCUAUCAAUCAAUUGUACAUUAUGAUGGUUGACAGAAAUGUAUUUAUUCAGAAAAGUAUAUAUAAAAAGAAUAUACAUCUUCCAAGCAUAA